AUGAAGAUCCUUCGUUCAAUGUGGAUCAACGAAAGGAUACCUGACACGUGGAGACACGCUAUCAUAAUAUUCUUCCACAAGAAGUUAUCCGGUGAAGAGUUAUGCGAGUUAUGCGACAGAUCUCUGGAACUGUUGAAGUAUUUCUUUGCUGCGUAUCAUACGCAAGGUCUUGGAUUAUUCUGGAUCGGCUUUUUUAAAUAUCGCGGAGGAACAAAACGCGACGAGCAAGUUGGCUCUUCUCCUGGUCGAUCUACGAUUGGGAAGGAGCGUCAGGAGAGUGUCUGGCAGUGGUAUUCAAAGUCAAUACUAUUAGCCUUUCCGGGGUGCGGGACAAGAGGUACCCGUGAAAACCGGCUGACCGCUCCUGUCCUCCCUUCAGCACCGCGCUCCUCCGCGCAAUUGCGGCUGCCGCUCCACCAGCUAGAUAUCCUUCACGACCGCCUGAGACCACCUACAACCCGCCUCCCUAUUGCUCUCUGA